CGCACCUCCUCGCCUCAGCUGGCGUGCGCUAGCCCGGGCUUUCUCUCCCCUAUGGGUGACGCUAGUAGAAAGCGCGGGAGGAAUGCGCGGCAGAGCAUUGUAUGUCGUGGCGUAGAGGAACGGAAGCGUGUCCAUUUCCUUUGCAAGCAACCUCUGAGCAUCUGGAUCUUAGGCGCGGCGCAAUUCGUCUUAGGAGGCUCUUUAUCAUUUGGCCGAUUGCUCCGGCCUGCCAGGAAAAGCAAGCGUCGUCGCGCUAACUCGCGUCAUCCACGCAAAUUCGAGCUAGGCUUGGCUUCUCUUUCUUCCUUUUCUCGAUAGUAAACCACCAAUCGGCGUCGACUCCUUCGUCAGGAAAGGCCAACCGGCGGCCAUGGCUUGUACCAAGAGCACCUCUCAUGAUGGACCACGUAUAAGCCCCUCAAUGCUCUCCGUUCACCGGCCUUUCAACGUGAUCAUCUUCCUCGUCGCUCUUCUAGCUCUUCUGCACGCGACGGCGUCCGCCGUCGCUUCGGAAGCUGCGCGGCCGGGGAAGCUUCCAGCCACCACGCCGGUUUCCGCCAAUAGGCACCUCCUUUCGGACGCGCAGCGCCAGUCGGCUCAACCAGUCCAGGUUUCAGUCACAACUCUCGUCGUUUCGGUGUCGCAGGCGACCGCUCGCAUGCUCUAUACGAUGUUUCCUGAAACCCGAAACGACGAUCGCGACCACGCGCACUAUCUCGACCCGCAGAAUCGGGCGCGCGCAGAAGUCGGUUCCGCUCCGCUCGUGUGGGACGCGGAUCUCCAGGCGCAGGCGGAGCGACUGGCGGACUACCUUGCGCGCGAGGAGGGCUGCGCGCUGCAGCGCCUGCACGAAGUCAGCGCGGGGGUGAAUCUGCGCUGGGCGGCGGAAAGCUGGGGGGUGCCCGCGGAGGCGGGGGCGGCAGUGGCGGAGUGGGUGCGCGAGAAGGCGCACUACCAGCGGGAUGCGUUCCCCGCGGGGUGCGCGGAGGGUCGGGAGUGCGGGCACUACACGCAGGUGGUGUGGAAGCGGACGGAGCGCGUCGGGUGCGGAACGGCGAUGUGCAACGAGGGGGGAGCCGUUUGGGCGUGCCGCUAUUUCCCGCCCGGCAAUAUCGAGGGCUACCACCCGUAUUGACUACGAGCAUCUAAUUCUGAUUAUGAUCAGGACAGGGAAUCGAGAAGUGGUGGUUCCGAUCGCACACGAUAAGAGACGAGAGACGAGGGUUUGGUAAGAGUUGGCGAUUCCUGUCAGAUUUGAAAAUGCUACAGCAGAGUAUUUUCAUUUGGUGCUCGCUGACAAGCGCAAAAGACGGCGGAGCAAUACAAUAAUCGAACGAGUACAGAACGAUGCGCUUUUUGUUUACUGUUAUUCUUUGCUUCUAUUUAUUAUAGACCCCAUGAUAUGUUUCCCAUCU